AGUGCAGUCAGUUUCAGCCGCGUUGUGGAGCCAGGCUGGUCCCAAUGCACAAGGCAAGGCAACGCACAGCUGCGAUGAAGCCGGACUCCGAUUGGCUCUGAUUUUUAAAAAGCCAUUUUCAUUCAAGCGGUUGCCCAUUAUCAACAUGGCAGAGCCGUCGGUUCCAGUACCCACUGCAAAAAUGGCGUCACUUAUCCGGGUCCGAGCCCUGACUCUAAUUUUCUUAACUGUCAGCAGUUGCUUAAUUACCCCGACGAGAGGCAAAGAAGGAGGGGGAGAGGAGACCGUUAUCAUUGGUUUGAGACUGGAGGAUACAGACGACAUUUCUUUUAUGGAUAAGGGAUAUUUGCGGGUCAGUGAAAGGUCUCGGGUGAAAUUGAGGGUGUACGGGCAAAACAUAAACAACGAGACGUGGUCCAAAAUUGCCUUCACAGAACAUGAGCGGAGUCGUGUUGUCGCGAAUAUCGACAGCUCCUCAGGGGACAACAAGAGCCAAGAGGAGACGUCGGUUUUGAAUCCAUGUGGCAUCCGGACAUCGGAUAUAUUAAUUCUCCCGAACAUAGUUUUAAAUCGCAAGACGUCCGGGGUUGUGGAAAUUGAAGUCAAACCUCUGCGAAAGACGGAGAGGAGUAAAGCUUAUUACCUGUGCGUCGCAACCUCGACACCUGCUGGCACGCACGACCCGUGGACAGAGAGCACCUGGAUUUAUCACGAAGGGGACGACACCAAAGUGAUCGUGGUCGAAGAAAAAAAGUUUUUGCUUCCGUUUUGGCUCCAGGUGAUCUUUAUUUCAAUGUUGCUCUGCCUUUCGGGUAUGUUCAGCGGUUUAAACCUGGGGCUGAUGGCACUGGACCCCAUGGAGUUGCAGAUCGUCCAGAACUGUGGAACAGAGCGAGAGAAAAACUACGCCAGGAAAAUCGAGCCGGUGAGGAGUCAAGGGAAUUACCUGCUUUGUUCACUUCUGCUGGGUAAUGUUCUGGUGAACACUACUCUGACCAUUCUGUUGGAUGAUAUAGCCGGAAACGGACUGAUAGCUGUUGUGAUGUCAACUAUCGGUAUAGUUAUAUUUGGGGAGAUUGUGCCUCAAGCCAUAUGUUCGAGACACGGGCUUGCCGUAGGUGCCAAUACAAUAUUCUUGACCAAAUUCUUUAUGCUGCUAACUUUUCCCGCGUCGUACCCGGUUAGUAAACUUCUAGAUUAUCUCCUUGGACAAGAGAUUGGGACCGUCUAUAACCGAGAGAAACUUUUGGAGAUGCUGCGGGUUACUGAUCCCUAUAACGACCUAGUGAAAGAGGAGCUGAACAUCAUUCAGGGCGCGUUGGAACUUAGGACUAAAACCGUGGAGGACGUGAUGACUCCGCUGCGCGACUGCUUCAUGAUCACUGCUGAUGCCACUCUGGACUUCAGCAGCAUGAGCGAGAUCAUGGAGAGCGGCUACACACGCAUUCCCGUCUACGAGGAGGAGCGGUCGAACAUCGUGGAUCUGCUGUUCGUGAAAGACCUGGCGUUCGUGGAUCCCGACGACUGCACCCCCCUGAAAACCAUCACGAAGUUCUACAGCCACCCGCUGCAUUUUGUUUUCAACGAUACCAAGUUGGACGCGAUGCUGGAAGAAUUCAAGAAAGGUAAGUCACACCUGGCAAUAGUCCAGAGAGUCAAUAAUGAGGGAGAAGGAGAUCCGUUUUAUGAGGUGCUUGGGAUUGUCACCCUGGAGGAUGUCAUUGAAGAAAUAAUCAAAUCAGAAAUCUUGGAUGAGACAGAUUUAUACACUGACAACAAAACAAAAAAGAAAAUCACCCAUCGGGAGAGGAAGCAGGAUUUCUCUGCCUUCAAGCCCACAGACAAUGAAAUGAAGGUUAAAAUAUCACCUCAGCUUCUACUGGCUACUCUUCGUUUCCUAGCAACAGAGGUGGAGGCAUUUGGCCUGGUUCAGAUGUCCGAGAAGAUCCUGCUCAGGCUGCUGAAGCACCCCAAUGUCAUCCAGGAGCUCAAGUUCAACGAGAGGAGUAAGAGGUCUCCUGAGCAUUACCUCUACAUCCGCAACAAGCCAGCGGAUCACUUCAUCCUUGUCCUGCAGGGUAAAGUGGAGGUGGAGGCAGGGAAGGACGGGAUGAAGUUUGAAGCCGGAGCGUUUUCAUCCUAUGGAAUGAUGGCCUUGACCAUGUCUCCAGAAAACAAGUCCCCUCCUUGCCCUUUUGGGCUGAACCACUCGGACUCCCUGAACCGGAGCGACCGCAGUGAAGUCAUCAAUCCCCCGCUGGGCAGCAGUAAUAACCAGCUCAACUCCUUCCUGCAGAUCUACACGCCGGACUACACAGUCAGAGCCAUCACAGACCUGCUGUACAUCAAGGUGACCCGCCAGCAGUACCAGAACGCCCUGAUGGCAUCACGCAUGGACAAGACGCCACAGCUGUCGGAUGGCGAGUACACCAAAAUUGAACUGGCUCUCGCCGAACUCCAUGAUGGCGUGGCCGAAGAGACAGCCAUCCUUCUUGGUCAGACGGCAAACUGCGUUGCACAUAAGAAGCCGAAUCACAUGGCACACAACGAGGGCACCGUCUAGCCCCCGCAGGGGUAGGUGGGACCAGGUGGGGGAGGGUUUAUGGGAGGGUGAGAACUAUUGGUCCACCCCCCUGAAGCUUCCCUGCAGCCACACCAUGGAACAAACAGUCUUGGCACCGUGAUGCACUGCGCGGGAAGCCCCUGGCUGGAGCCGGCAAAAUGGACCAGCACCGCUGGUUCCAUUUCAUACACCUCCUGCUGUGUGCCUGUCCACCAGACCAAAGAGUUUGGAGUUUGGACAUCCUCCCCUCGCUUGUCACAAGGCCCUGAUACAACUUCUCGACUGUCCCCUGUAAGGUGCCGGAAGGGAUUAUGGGAUAGUGGAGGACCACAAUUCAAAUGGACUCAUUUCUCCUUCGCUGGCUGAUACUGUCUCGUAUGGUGUCAAAGACUGUGCCAAAUACCACUUGGAAGGAAACCAUGAACCACGUACCAAGAGCAUCAUUUUCCUCCUGUAUUUAUUUAUUUUAUAUAUGUUUAUUGUAUAUACAUACA